AUGUCUUUUUCUGAUGCCAACUAUGGCUCUGAAUCACACGCUCCCUCUGCACCAUCGUUACCUGACUCCUACGGCCACCAGGAACCAGAAGUUUACGGCACCACCAUUUCUGACGGUGAUCCUCAUCCUCCUCCUCCUCCUCCUCCGGCCAGUACCUAUUACUAUGGUAAGCCUCACUCACAAUACGGCCGCAGUUUCGCACGUAGUUACGCCCGGAGUUACGACCAACCGGAGCAGGAUUUGUCUCCUUCUUCAUUAGAUCAAUCGUCUUCUUGUUCAUAUGAGGGAUUGGGUGGGGAUUUUCCACCCGGGACCGACCCGGCUGUGAUUAGAAGCUUUCAAAUGGUGGAUAAGGACGGUAGUGGCUUCAUUGAUGACAAUGAAUUGCAACAGGCUCUUUCUUCUUCCUACCAUAUGUUUAGCCUCAGAACCAUUCGUUUGCUCAUGUUUCUCUUCAAAAACCCAAAGAAUCAUUAUAUCCUAAAACUUGCUCCUCAGGAAUUUGCCGCAGUCUGGAGUUGUCUUGGGGAAUGGCGAACCAUGUUUCAGAAAUAUGACACAGAUAGAAGCGGGAAGAUUGAUGUGAUAGAGUUGAGAGAUGCACUCUUUGGUCUAGGGCUUGCAGUCCCGCCUACGGUUCUUCAGCUUCUGACUUCCAGGUACGAAGAUGGAAGUGGGCACCGAGCUGAACUUAACUUCGACAGCUUUGUCGAAUGUGGGAUGAUUGUAAAGGGCUUGACUGAGAAGUUUAAAGAGAAGGAUAAGCGAUGUACUGGUUCAGCCACAUUCAGUUACAACGCAUUUAUGUCUAUGGUCAUCCCAUUUCUAGUGUCAUAUAAUUGAUUUGCUCUUGCUGUUCUAGAU